AUGUGGAGGAGAGUCAGGUUAACCGGGGACCCUAAAGGGACAUGCCCUGGCCCACACCUUCCCUGGCUCUUCUGCCUUGUGGCCCUGGUAACCUCUGCAGUGGUUGGUAACUUCUCAACUACCAGCUUCCCAGAUUCCUUUGGUAAUGAAAUCCUGAGUUGUGAUCAUGUUAUGACCUCAGAAAAUCUCAUCUUGAGAGCCAUGUAUAAGAGUUGUGCUGAACUGGUGCAUGGUAUGUAUCAAGUGAAACUCAAAUUCCUACCCAACAAGACUCUGAGCAACCAGGCUGUAACCUACCAGGUCAGUUGUCCUGCCACUCAAGCUGAUGAAGUUCUAGGUGAAAUGUUAGCAGCCACAAACUGUACCAAGGAUUUCAUGUCUGUUUCAUUUUCACAGAUCCUACCCAGUUUUGAUGAUGAAACUAUGGGUGGAGAACCUCAGGUGGCUUGGACUGUCAUUGUGGGCGAUGGCCCCAGAAUUCAAACCCUUACUCUUCAGGAAGCCAUGCAGCAGGGCUACAGUUUUGUCAUUGAGAGCAGUAAGCUCAUCUUGCGUGUGUCCUUCAAUGCUGUUGGAGUCUCUCAUUAUGAGCAAGAAAACAAUCACCUGUAUACUGUGGCUCUCAAGCUUAUGUAUGGACCUCCUGAAAAUAGGCUUACCCUCUCAUCCAGAAUGGUUUGCAUAUUAGGUCCAGUCACCUGUAAUUCAACCCACAUGACUCUUAUUAUACCAGAGUUUCCAGGGGCAUUGACGGCCAUAAAUAUAGAGAAUCGUAAUGUUCCCAUGAAUUCGUCAAAGACCAGUGGCAUUGCUGUAGAGUUAAGAAAUGGCUCAAGACUACAUUUCAACAAACAAAUUUUGAAAUCUAAAGUAUCUGAGAAUGGUGCAGGUGUUCAGUUUUAUUUACCUUCAGUAAAGCUGACUUUUCAGUAUUAUGGGGAGAUGGUAUCUGUGAUAAUGUAUCCUGAAACCUGUGAGUCUAUCAUUUCAGUAGUUACAAAUAGCACUUGUACCCCAGAUGGCUUUAUGGACUUUGAAGUCUACAGCCAUCAAACGAAGCCAGCCUUGAACCUGGAUACGCUCCAAGUAAGAGACGCAGCCUGCGGACCGGACUUUAAGCAUCCCUCUCAGGAGAUGGUUCGAUUUCACAUACCCCUGAAUGGGUGUGGAACAAGAGCAAAGUUUGAAGGAGACCAAGUUAUCUAUGAAAAUGAAAUCCAUGCUCUUUGGGCAGACGUCUCCCCAAGCAAAAUUACUAGAGACAGUGAAUUCAGUCUGACAGUGAGAUGCUAUUACAGCAGCAGUGACCUCAUGGUCAGAACAAAUAUCAGCAGUCUUCCUCCUCCAAUCCCUUCAGUGAAACCAGGACCACUUUCCUUAAUCCUUCAGAUCUACCCAGACAAGUCCUAUCUGCAGCCAUAUAGGGAUGAUCAGUACCCAAUAGUGAAAUACCUGCGUCAACCAAUUUACAUGGAAGUACAAGUUAUAAAUAGAAAUGACCCAAACAUCAAACUAGUUUUAGAUGACUGCUGGGCAACAGCAUCGGUGGACCCUACAUCUCUGCCCCGAUGGAAUAUCAUUGUGGAUGGCUGUGAUUACACACUGGACAAUUACCGCACAAAAUUCCAUCAUGUAGGCUCUUCGGUGAACUAUCCCAAUCACUACCAAAGGUUUGAAGUUACGACUUUUGCCUUCGUAGCUGGUGGCCAAGCUCUCUCUAGCCUGAUCUAUUUCCACUGCAGUGUCUUGCUCUGUGACCAGUUCUAUCCAGAUUCGCCUUUGUGUUCAGUGACUUGUCCUGGGUCAUCUAGGAUGAAAAGAGAUGUCAUUGAAGAGAAGUCUACAAUAGCAAGUCUUCCUGGACCUGUCGUCUUGGUAUUGGAUCAGGCCCCCUCAUUUAGAGGACCCGCGGACACUGAAGGGCCUUGGUAUGAAGGAACAAGUAUUGCCCUUCAAGUAGGGGCUAUCCUAAUAGCAGAGAUAUUUGUUGUGGUGGUGCUUUGUCUGGUUAAAUGCAUGCCAGGCAGAAAAAGAGCUGCAAGUUAAUAAAUGAGCUUGCUUAAUGAAA